UCCUUGUCUCAGCCUAUUGUUUUUACCCCUAAACCCUUGGGGCUGUUUCACUCUCUCUUUUUCUCUUUUGGUGGUUUGCUUUAAUCUAUUUAACCCCCAUUCCACUCUUCACCAUUUCACAUCAUCUUCUUCAUCAAACACUCGAGAACAAGAAUCAGAAAAGUAAUCAAAGAUAGGAUGAGUUCAACAAGCAGAGCAUGGAUGGUGGCCGGAACUGUUGGGUUGGUGGAGGCACUCAAGGAUCAAGGCUUUGCACGAUGGAACUAUGCCAUCAGGACCCUCCACCAUCACGCCAAGUCCAAUCUCCGCUCAAUCUCUCACAUCAACCACCUCUCAUCACCGGUGGCCAUGGUCUCAAGCAAAGGCAUGGAAGAGAAAAUAAGUCAAUCGGAGGAGUCAUUGCGAAAAGUCAUGUAUUUGAGCUGUUGGGGUCCCAAUUAAUCGACUCUUUUUAGUUUUUUGUAGGUAGAUGCAUAGAUAUCACAGGAGUUUUACUUGUAAUUAUGUACGAUUUUUGUUAUUGAAAGAGACUUCCGAUUUAGAUCAAAUCGGUUAAUAA